CACAAAAACAAAACAAACAACAACAAAACAAAGACAGCUCUUCUUUGUUGUGUUUCACGAUGCUCCUCCACGCCCUCGGUGGCCCUCACACCGUUGCUGUGCUGGCUGUCGUUGCUGUUGUCGCUGCUGGCACUGCUCCUGCGCAUGCCAGUGGCAUUGAUGACGGAAAUGGCAAUGACACGAACCCUUGUGACCCAGGCUUUCACCUCGUCAACGACGCCUGUCAAGACGUCAACGAGUGCGUGCUCAGUGUGACGGGAGAAAUCACACCGCCUGUGUGCGACCCCCGCACCGUGUGCACCAACACAAUGGGCUCCUUCGAGUGCGGUCCGUGCCCUGUCAACUUUCAGGGUGACGGCAAAACAGGCUGCGUCCGGGAGCCAUCCUUGGACGUGGUGGAUGGUAGCCUCAUCUUCCAUCUCGAUGACACACACGACCUCGCUGUUCGAGCCAUCUCGGCAAACGGGGAGAAGACCACUUCCCUCCGCUCCGCCGUCAGCGCAGCCCUUGCCAACACUGAGGAGCUGUCUUCGACAAAGGUCAGCGUGCAGGUGUCACUCGAGACGCUCUCAACCCACGUUUCCAACACGGUGGAGGAUUUCGGUGUCCAGCAAAGCACUCUGUCCACCGAACUUGGCACCGUCAGCCAGGCCGUCGCAUUGGUCACAAACGACUUUGAGGACGCCGCACUCAAGCUGAGCAACGUGUCUGAUAAGGCGGAUACCGGGCACGCUCUUGCUUAUGCUCUCCAAGAGGAGAUUCUGGGGCUGACAAGCCGGCUCAACAACACGGACUCUGAAGUCCAGGAGGCUUUGACCCUGAUUUCAGAACUCGAUCAGCGCGUGGGAGAUGCGGAUGACUCGCUGGAGAUGUCCGUCAUUUCCCUAAUGCUUGAGCUCUCCCACACCAAAGCACAGCUGAGCAGUGUGCAAGCGUGCGCUCUCGCUGGCAAGGUGUACGAUGGUGGCCAAUGCGUCCCAGUUUGCCCCCAUCUUGGCUCUUGUUCAGACACGACCUGCAAUGCCGCAAGCAAGGGCACGGUCCGCUUCGUCAAUGACGUUGCGCAGGUGUGCGAUGGCAACGACUUUACGCAAAUUGGCGCCACCACCACCGGCAUCUCACCUGUUGAUCCGGCCGAAUCGUGCCAGGAGUUAAAGGAUCUCGGCUACGUCACUGGCGUGUACUAUAUUGGGUCCGGUACACAAGGACACACGCGGCUGUGUGACCUGUCUGGUGAAACUGGCGUGGACCUUGGUGGUGACGGCACGAGUGAAGAAGACGCCUCCCGCGAUUGCUCGCGGUUGUCCAAGUACUUUGGUCUGGACACUGGCGUGUACUGGCUCGAUAUUGACGGCAUCGUGCAGCGGUGGGAGUGCGACACAAAAACUGGUGCUCUCACUCCAGAUGGCUCCUCUGUUGAUCUUGCCGCAGACUCUUGCGACUCAAUCUACAACCUUUAUCCGGAUCGCGCCGACGGCGUUCGCUGGAUCACUGCUGGGCUCCAAACGCCUUUCAAGGUGGACUGCGACCAGGGCUGGGUGAAGCUCAAGGUGUCGGGGAGCGAGUUUGCAGACAAUGCGUGGAUGUUCUCGUACUCGACGACCAACGAAUGGAGCAAGUGCGGCUGUGGUGGCUGCUGUUCCGGCUCCCUGGAGAGCAUCCUUGAGAACCCACGUGGGAGCUGGAGGGACGGCGUGGUGAAAUCAGAUCAGAAUUACCGGUACGCGUGCGAGUUUUACUUUGACAUUACGUACACGAGUGCCGGCGCGACGCUGAGCUCAGCCCAAGUGCUCGCCCUGACCAGCAAUGCAAAGGAUCCUGCCGACAGAAACUUUGACAUGUACACGGGUUCGUGCGAUGAUGAUGGCGGCUCGUAUUCGAACGACAGGGCCGGCCACUGGGUGGGCAUUCAGGAGCACGUGGGCAGCGGCCCUUACGCUGUGAGUGACUGCACCUCUGGCAACAACGGCUGCUGUCGCCAGAACGUGGGCAACAACUUCGACACGUUCCCGCUCCCCAUCCGCGCCUGUGCGUCCAUCAACACCGGUGGCGGCGUUGUUCUCUGGUUCACAACGUCGGACCUGCGCCUCCGCGCCCGCGUCUGAUACGCCCGUGCUCUCUGUGUGUGUCUGUGUGUGUCUGUGUCUGUGUCUGUGUC